AAUAAUGGAUGGACCGUUCAGGGCGGCGGGUCGACCGCUUAAUCGAUCGAUCGACGCGAUCUGUUAUCUGUAGUUCGCCUGUGUGUGCUGCUAACACGAGAAGUUAUUGCCAUGUAGCAUUGUGCUAGCUAGUGAGUUACGUCUAAACACGCUUUUGCGUCUAGUUUUUUCGGGUUUUUUGCGGUGUGAAGUCUGUUUUUAAAAUGUUGAGUUCUACAUGGAAUUUCAUCAAACGCCAUAAGAGGAAAUUCAUCUUCGCUGGGGUUUUUGUUGGAGGUGUCUAUCUACUUGGUAAAUAUGCACAAAGAAAGAUUCAGGAGAUGCAGGAGCGAGAGGCAGCCGAAUACAUCACUCAAGCUCGGAGACAGUUUCAUUUUGAAAGCAACCAGAGGACAUGUAACAUGACAGUGUUAUCAAUGCUCCCCACUCUCCGAGAGGCAAUCAUACAUCACCUGAACUCAGAGAGCAUCACCGCUUUGCUGAAAACUAAGCCAGCUAAUAAACUUGAAAUCUGGGAGGAUCUAAAGAUUAUUAGUUUUACCCGCAGCAUUGUGGCGGUUUACAGCACUUGCAUGCUGGUGGUGUUACUCCGAGUUCAGCUCAACAUAAUUGGUGGCUACUUGUACCUGGACAACUCCGUGACCAAGAAUGGAACGACCCCCUUGGCCCCUCCUGAUGUCCAACAACAAUAUCUGUCAAGUAUCCAACACUUACUUGGAGAAGGGCUCAUUGAACUGAUAACUGUGGUGAAGAAAGCCGUCCAGGAAGUUCUUGGACCGGUGUCUCUGAAGCAGAGUUUGUCUCUACAAGAGUUGGAGCAACAGUUAACUCAGAUCAGACAGUUAGUGGAGGAGGGCUGUGCUUCCUCUAAACACAAAAGUCUUUCUUGGUACAUGAUGCCUGAUGAAGAGAACACACUAGCCUCACAGGAGGGUGUUUUCCACAAAGCAAAUGCCACUUGUAGCACCUCCAGUCACAUGACUCGCUCCAUGCUCAGCGUGCUCUUUGUUGUGUAUCAGCAAACAGGAAUUCCCCUUCAUCACAUGACACGGGUCUUUGGUUCUGUCCCGUGA